AAUUUUCUCACCCUGCUUCUUUUUUCAUUUCAAGUUGUUUGCUAAACGUUGUUUUAACGUUUAAAAAUUCUUUUUUCUAUCCCUCAGUGAAGCGAUUUUCGAAUUUAAUCGCCGAGAGGUUUUAAAUCUUUAAGACUUAAAGCGAAUUUAUUACGUAAAACAAAAAUGACUGAAGAAAUAAAUCCAAAGGCAUAUCCUUUGGCUGAUGCCACAUUGACAGCGAAAAUAUUGAAUUUAGUACAACAGGCUAUGAAUUAUAAACAACUUCGUAAAGGAGCAAAUGAAGCUACAAAAACAUUGAAUCGUGGACUUUCGGAAUUUAUUGUAAUGGCAGCUGAUGCACAGCCUUUGGAAAUUUUAUUACACUUACCACUUCUUUGUGAAGACAAGAACGUUCCUUAUGUUUUCGUUCGUAGUAAACAAGCUCUUGGCCGUGCUUGUGGAGUAUCCCGACCAGUUGUUGCCUGUUCAGUAACUGUUAACGAAGGUUCCCAACUGAAGCCUCAAAUUCAAGCGAUUCAACAAGAAAUUGAACGACUUCUAGUUUAAAUUCCUUCUUUCUUGGUACCUGACAUACAAUUAACAUUUCAUCAAUAUGUGAUGUUUAUAUAUAUUUACUUUUUUUUUGAGUUUUUUUUUCUACAACAAGAAUUAAAUUUUUUUUGUACAUUUAAUAAUUGUCAGCAUUAAUUGUUUUACAAAUAUAUUUGUAAAUAAAUAUUCUUUAAUAAAA